AUGUUCAAGAGUCCAUUGUGGGUGGAGCUAAGCUGUGGGGCGGGGCCUGUGCACGCCGUGCUGGAGCCUGAUAGGCCACUGCUUCUGGAGUGUCAGCUUGGGGCCACACCAUUGGAGGAGGAGGAGGAGGAGGAGGAGGAAGGGGAGGCGGGGCCAGUGGAGGUCAGCUGGCUGCGAGACGGGGAGGAGCUUCAGGAGAGCUCCGUCUUGCAGCUCCUGUCCAACGGCUCGCUGCUGGUGGUGCCACCGCCUGCCUGGUCCCGUGACACCAGGGACUCGAGGGCGCCCUCCUCAGGUCUGGAGGGGGGCUACAGCUGCCGCAGAACGGACACCUUCGGAGUGCUGACCAGCCGAGUGGUCCACCUACACCUGGCCAGCUUGUCCCGUAUCCUAAAGGGCCCGGAGGACCAGGUGAUCGCGGCAGGAGGGGCGGCCCGAUUCGAGUGCCUAGUCGAGGGGCUACCCACCCCCACCAUCACCUGGGAGAGGGACCAGGAAACCCUGGAGCCCAGCGCUAGGUUCCUUACCCUUCCCAGUGGUGUUCUUCAGAUCCUGGGCGUGACGGAGGAAGAUGAGGGAGCCUACAGAUGCAUCGCCUUCAACACCGCGCGCAGGAGAUACAGCCAAGAAAGCAGACUCACUGUCACACCAGGUGUGUCUUCUGUGUCUGCCAAGGUGGAGCUGUUGUCUCGGCCCCAGAACUCCACUGUGGUGCUGGGACACCCGGCUGUGAUGGAGUGUAUGGCACAGGGCCACCCCAAACCCCUCAUCUCAUGGAGCAGACUAGAUGGUAAGCCCAUCUCUGCUGACGUGGUGGUUCAGAAGACCAACCUGGUGAUCCCACGCACACGCCAACACCACGCAGGAGUCUACGUGUGCCGCGCCAACCGACCAAUGACCAGGGAGUUCGUCAGCGCCCUCGCAGAGCUACGCGUUCUCUCCCCUCCGGUCAUCCUCCAGCCUCCCGAGCCUGUGUCUCUGUCGCGGGGCAACACGGCGCGUUUCGUCUGCAACAGCUCCGGCGAGCCGCCCCCGGCCCUGCUGUGGCUACGUAACGGGCAGCCCGUGCAGGCCAACGGCCGCGUGAAGACCCAGAGCGCGGGGGUCCUGCUCAUCAACCAGCUGGGGCCUGACGACGCCGGAUACUACACGUGCCUGGCCUCCAACAGUCUGGGUACCGCCUGUGCCACGGCCAAGCUGUCCGUCAUCGUGAGGGAGGGGCUUCCGAGCGCGCCACGGCAACUGCAGGCCACGCCCCUGUCCAGCACCACGGCCAUGCUGACCUGGGAGAGGCCGGAGCAGAACAGCGACCAGAUCAUCGGCUUCUCCGUACACUACCAGAAGGCCUCAGGUUCGGACAAUCUGGAGUUGCAGCAGGCUGUGAAUAACGACACCAUGGAGAUCGUGCUGAAGGAGCUGCUGCCCCACAUGACCUACGCCCUGUACGUGGUGGCCUACUCCCAGAUAGGGGCCAGUAGGAAAUCACACACGGUCACCAUGGACAUGCUGGAGGACGUGCCCAUCGCGGCCCCCCAGCUCUCCUUGCUGAGCCCCUCCUCUACGGACAUCCGGGUCAUGUGGCUUCCUCUGUCCCCGCUGCAGAGCAGAGGCACUGUCACCAGCUACCAGAUAGACCACAGCACUCUGGGACAGGGCGAGCGUGUGUUUUCCACGGAGGUGAGCGGCAACGAGACCCAGGUGACGCUCCGGGGCCUCUCGCCCAAUCAGCUUUACCGGGUGCGGAUGAGGGCGGGGACUCGGGCCGGCUACGGGCCAAUGUCUGAGUGGCACACUCACCUCACACCUGACCUCAACCUCACCAUGGUGCUCUUAUCGCCCAUGGAGCUGAAGGUUAGGGCCAAGAUGCACUCUCUGCACGUCUCCUGGCAACCCCCGACCAAUCACACGCAGAUAUCCGGCUACAAGCUGGCCUACCAGAUGCUGGACUCCGAGGAGGGGGCGGGCUCUACCAAGAAAAGGCCUGAGACUCAGCCAAUCAAGUUGCGCAAAAGGGUCAAGCAUCAUGACAUCACAGCCUUAGUUCCUGAUCGCUUGUAUGAGGUGAAGGUCUGGGCUUACAACAAGCAGACAGAGGGACACCCGGCAGUGUGGAAGGGACGCACCGAGAAAUCUCCAAGCCAACCCACGUCCCCAGAUGAGCCCAGCCCUCCGCUGCCCCCUAGUGGCCUGAGGGCGGUGGCCAACAGCUCUCGCUCCAUCUGGCUCCGCUGGGAGAGGCCGCGCUUCAGCAGCGUACGCAUCAUCAACUACACCGUACGCUGCAGCCCCGCCGGCCUGCGCAACGCCUCACUGGUCGCCUAUUACACCAGCUCUACUCAGGACAUCCUCUUGGGGGCGCUAAAGCCCUUUACUCGCUAUGAGAUGGCCGUGCAGUCCAACGCCUUCAAUGUGGUCGGACCCUUUAGCUCUGUAGUGGAGGAGUCAACGCUAGCCGACCGCCCCUCCACUCCGCCUGCUGAUUUCCAGUUGAGUGCGGUGGACACCUCCUCAGUGCUGGUGCAGUGGCGCCCCCCGGUGGAGCCCAAUGGCAUCAUCACUGGCUACAGCAUUCUCUUCAGCUGCAACAUCAGCCAACCAGAACACAUGUGGAAUAACAGCACUCACAACGGGAGUACCAGCAGUACGGAGGUGCAGGGUCUCCAGAGUGGGACUCGUUACUUCUUCAAGAUGGGGGCCUGCACUGACGUGGGAGCCGGACCCUACUCGCCCGUCAAGGACGUGCACACACACUACAACGGCUACGAGCUGGAUGUCCAUGCGGUGACUGGCAUCAUCGUGGGCGUGUGUCUGGGCCUCAUCUGCAUACUUCUCUGCAUGUGUCUCAGCUUCCGCAACAGCAACGCCAAGAACAGGGACAUGAUGGGUGGCGUUGACUCUGGUCCGGUGUCCCCCCAUUUUGGUCGAGGGGGGGUUCGAACCGUGACCCCCUCCCUUCCUGACUGCAACGACUGUCACGAGCUGGAGACCCUAAUGCCUGGACCCUGUGGCCUGCACCAGGUGCCCCAGGCCACCCCCACUGCCACCACGGCCGCCAUGGAGCCCUCUGAGGCGCAUUGCCUUAUGGGUAAUGUAGGCACGGGGGACGAGUCAACAGAGCUGAAGCUGGCGUGGAACGGGUCAGUAAGCCGCGACUGGGCUAGCCGGAUCUCCCGGUACCGAGACACCAUCACGGAGGACUCCUCAACUCUCUACAACGGAGGACUGGAGGGCAUCGGCAAAGACAAGGUGAAGCGUGACGGCCAGCCACAGCUCUACGCCCCAGUCGCCAACAGCAACAAGGUGGAGGCCGAGGUCAUCGUCCAUUCGCAACUCUCCGAGCCAAUCAGAAGGGAGAGUGGCAUGGUAGACUCCUCCCCCUCCCGGCCCACCUCUUCGACAGCAGUGGCGUCGUCCCCAGGGUCCCAAAGCCCACCGGUUGCUGUCCCCUCUGGCUCGUACCAGCAGCAGCAGCCGCCAUCGUCACUUCCACAGUCCCCUGCAACCAACAACAACGAUACAACCCCUUCCCAUCCAAUUCACCAGCUCUCCUCCUUCUCACCAACUGCCAGGCACCAACACCACCACCCCAUCCCCCCAGCAAACGUCACUUCCAUCAUCCCAGGUCACUAG